AUGACGAGGGAAUGGGCCCUGAUCUUGUGCACGCUGCUCUGCGGCCUGGCUGGCCCCACACACUUGUUCCAGCCCGGCCUGGUGCUGGACAUGGCCAAGGUCCUCCUGGACAACUACUGCUUCCCAGAGAACCUGAUGGGGAUGCAGGAAGCCAUCGAGCAGGCCAUCAAGAGCCGUGAGAUCCUAGCCGUCUCGGACCCCCAGACUCUGGCCCACGUGCUGACCACUGGGGUGCAGAGCUCCCUGAAUGACCCUCGCCUGGUCAUCUCGUACGAGCCCAGCACCCUCGAGGCUCCCCGGCAAGUCCCAGCCCUCACCAACCUCACCCGGGAGGAACUGCUUGCCCGCCUGCAAAAGGGCAUCCGCCACGAGGUGCUGGAGGGCAACGUGGGCUACCUGCGCGUGGACGACAUCCCCGGCCGGGAGGUGGUGGACAAGCUGGGCAGCUUCCUGGUGGCCAGCGUCUGGAGGAAGCUCAUGGGCACCUCUGCCCUGGUGCUGGACCUCCGGCACUGCACGGGUGGCCACAUUUCUGGCAUCCCCUACGUCGUCUCCUACCUGCACCCAGGGAACACGGUUCUGCACGUGGAUACCAUCUACGACCGCCCCUCCAACACCACCACUGAGAUCUGGACCCUGCCCCAGGUCCUGGGGGAAAGGUACAGCGCUGACAAGGACGUGGUGGUCCUCACCAGCGGCCACACGGGCGGCGUGGCGGAGGACGUCACUUACAUCCUCAAGCAGAUGCGCCGGGCCAUCGUGGUGGGAGAGAGGACUGUCGGGGGGGCCCUGGACCUCCAGAAGCUGAGGAUAGGCCAGUCCGACUUCUUCCUCACCGUGCCCGUGUCCAGGUCCCUGGGGCCCCUGGGAGGGGGCAGCCAGACGUGGGAGGGCAGCGGGGUACUGCCCUGUGUGGGGACGCCGGCUGAGCAGGCCCUGGAGAAAGCCCUGGCCAUCCUGACCCUGCGCCGCGCCCUGCCCGGCGUGGUGCGGCGCCUGCAGGAGGCCCUGCAGGCCUACUACACGCUGGUGGACCGCGUGCCUGCCCUGCUGCACCACCUGGCCAGCAUGGACUUCUCCGCCGUGGUCUCCAGGGAGGACCUGGUCACCAAGCUCAAUGCUGGUCUGCAGACCGUGUCUGAGGACCCCAGGCUCCUGGUGCGGGCCGUGAGGCCCAGGGAGGGCCCUUUGGGGCCCGAGGCAGGGGACGACGACCCGCCGGAGGCGGUGCCCACAGUGCCGGACGAUGAGGCUGGCCGCCGGGCCCUGGUGGACUCCAUGUUCCAAACGUCUGUGCUGCCGGGCAAUGUGGGCUACCUCCGCUUUGACAGCUUCGCGGCUGCCCCGGUGCUGGAGGUGCUGAGCCCAUACGUGGCGCGCCAGGUGUGGGAGCCGCUGCAGGACACAGAGCACCUCAUCGUGGACCUGCGCCAGAACCCCGGGGGGCCGUCCUCGGCCGUGCCCCUGCUCCUCUCCUACUUCCAGGGCCCCGACGGUGGCGCCGUUCGCCUCUUCACCACCUACGACCGGCGCACCAAUGUCACGCAGGAGCACUUCAGCCGCGUGGAGCUGCCGGGCCGGCGCUACCCCACCCAGCGCGGGGUGUAUCUGCUCACCAGCCACCGCACGGCCACGGCCGCCGAGGAGCUGGCCUUCCUCCUGCAGUCGCUGGGCUGGGCCACACUGGUGGGCGAGAUCACGGCGGGCAGCCUGCUGCACACGCGCACGGUGCCGCUGCUGGAGACGCCGGAGGGCGACCUGGUGCUCACCGUGCCCGUGCUCACCUUCAUCGACAACCACGGGGAGUGCUGGCUGGGGGGCGGUGUGGUGCCCGACGCCAUCGUGCUGGCGGAGGAGGCCCUGGAUAGGGCCCAGGAGGUGCUGGAGUUCCACCGCAGCCUGGAGGCCUUGGUGGAGGGCACGGGGCACCUGGUGGAGGCUCACUACGCACGGCCCGAGGUGGUUGGACAGACCAGCGCCCUGCUGCGGGCCAAGCUGGCGCGGGGGGCCUACCGCACGGCAGUGGACCUGGAGUCCCUGGCCUCGCAGCUUACAGCCGACCUGCAGGAGAUGUCGGGGGACCACCGCCUGCUCGUGUUCCACAGCCCCGGGGAGAUGGUGGCUGAGGAGGCGCCCCCCCCACCCCCCGUCGUGCCCUCCCCGGAGGAGGUGUCCUACCUCAUUGAAGCCCUGUUCAAAACCGAGGUGCUGCCUGGACGGCUGGGCUACCUGCGCUUCGACGCCAUGGCAGAGCUGGAGACGGUCAAGGCCAUCGGGCCGCAGCUGGUGCAGCUGGUGUGGCAGGGACUGGUGGACACGGCUGCACUGGUCGUCGACCUGCGCUUCAACCCCGGGAGCUACUCCACAGCGGUGCCGCUGCUCUGUUCCUACUUCUUCGAGGCGGAGCCCCGCCAGCAUCUCUACUCCGUCUUCGACCGGGCCACCUCUAGGGUCACGGAGGUAUGGACCCUGCCGCAGGUGGCGGGUCGACGCUACGGCCCCCACAAGGACGUCUACAUCCUCAUGAGCCACAUCAGCGGGUCGGCGGCCGAGGCUUUUGCCCACACCAUGCAGGACCUGCAGCGGGCCACGGUCAUCGGGGAGCCCACAGCUGGGGGGGCGCUCUCGGUGGGCAUCUACCAGGUGGGCAGCAGCCCCCUGUACGCCUCCAUGCCCACGCAGAUGGCCCUGAGCGCCAGCACGGGCGAGGCCUGGGACCUGGCCGGGGUGGAGCCCGACAUCGCCGUGCCCAUGAGCGAGGCCCUGUCCACCGCCCGGGACAUAGUGGCCCUGCGAGCCAAGGUGCCCACCGUGCUGCAGACCACGGGCAAGCUGGUGGCCGACAACUACGCCUCCCCGGAGCUGGGGGCCAAGGUGGCAGCUAAGCUGAGCCGCCUGCAGAGCCGCUACUCCCGGGUGACCUCCGAGGGCGCGCUGGCGGAGAUGCUGGCGGCCGACCUGCAGAUGCUGUCAGGAGACCCGCACCUGAAGACGGCCCACAUCCCCGAGGAUGCCAAGGACCGCAUCCCCGGGAUCGUGCCCAUGCAGAUUCCCUCCCCUGAAGUCUUCGAGGACCUCAUCAAGUUCUCCUUUCACACUAACGUGUUUGAGGACAACAUCGGCUACCUGAGGUUCGACAUGUUUGGGGACUGCGAGCUGCUCACCCAGGUGUCAGAGCUGCUGGUGGAGCACGUUUGGAAGAAGAUCGUGCACACGGAUGCCAUGAUUAUCGACAUGAGAUUCAACAUCGGCGGCCCCACCUCCUCCAUCUCUGCCCUAUGCUCCUACUUCUUCGAUGAAGGGCCCCCAGUUCUGCUGGACAAGAUCUACAGCCGGCCCAAUGACUCCGUCAGUGAGCUCUGGACCCACUCCCGGCUCACAGGUGAGCGCUAUGGCUCCAAGAAGAGCGUGGCCAUUCUGACGAGUGCGCUGACGGCCGGCGCUGCCGAGGAGUUCACCUACAUCAUGAAGAGACUGGGCCGGGCGCUGGUCGUCGGGGAGGUGACCAGCGGGGGCUGCCAGCCACCGCAGACCUACCACGUGGACGACACCCACCUGUACAUCACCAUCCCCACGGCCCGCUCGGUGGGGGCCGCGGACGGCGGCUCCUGGGAGGGGGUGGGCGUCGUGCCCGACGUGGCCGUGCCUGCCGACGCAGCGCUCGCCAGGGCCAAGAAGGCACUGCAGCGCCCCGCGCGCAGAGCCCGGCGGAGCCCCAGGGCGCCCGGGACCUCCCGGCGACACACCAGGCGGGCGGCGGCCCUGGCCCGGGCUCCUGCCUGA